AUGAUGUUCGGAGAAUCAUCUAGGAGAUAUCCAAGAAUCAGCCACGUAUCCAAUUCCACCGGAGAUAUCGGCAGCGAUUUCGGAAGCAGCACCGAGUACGCCAGCUACACCGUCGUUGUCCCUCCGACGCCGGAUAACAACCCGGCUCCGGUUCAAAUCGCGCUCACAGACAUCGAUUCCGGUUCAUCUUACAAAGACGACGAACCGGAUCAAACCGAUCUGAGAAUCGGUGAAGAAGACGAUGCCUUGCUCCACAAGAUAUCUCAACCUUUGACCCGUGUCGUCAAAAUCUCUCCGAUCAUCAUCGCUCUGUAUCGGGUUCUAAUAUUUGUUCGAAUCGCAUCUCUUGUUCUGUUUCUCUUAUGGAGAAUUAGAAACCCAAACAAUAAAGCAAUCUGGUUAUGGUUUCUCUCUGUAAUCUGCGAAAUCUGGUUCGCUUUCUCUUGGUUAAUCGAUCAAAUCCCCCGGCUGUUUCCGGUUAACCACGGAACCGACAUCGAAGCCUUGAAGGCCAAAUUCGAAUUACCAAACCCGACGAACCCGACCGGUAAAUCAGACCUUCCUGGAAUCGAUGUCUUUGUUUCAACCGCUGAUGCAGAGAAAGAGCCACCACUGGUCACAGCCAACACAAUCCUCUCGAUUUUAUCAGUUGAUUAUCCUCUUGAGAAGCUCUCUUGCUACAUCUCAGACGAUGGAGGAUCGCUUCUAACGUUUGAAGCAAUGGCUGAAGCUGCUAGCUUCGCCAAAAUAUGGGUACCGUUUUGCAGGAAACACAAGAUCGAGCCGAGGAAUCCAGAGAGUUACUUUGGUUUGAAAAGAGAUCCUUAUAAAGGUAAAGUGAGACAUGAUUUCGUUAGAGAGCGACGGUAUGUGAAACGAAGCUACGAGGAGUUUAAAGUUCGUGUUAACGCGCUUCCUCAUUCGAUUAGACGGAGAUCAGAUGCGUUUAAUAGCAAAGAAGAGAUUAAAGCUUUGGAGAAAUGGAAGAUAUGGAAAGUGAAAGUAGACGAGGAGCAAGAAAACGAACCAAGACCUAGUAUUGUAGCUCCUAAAGCUACUUGGAUGAGUGAUGGAACUCAUUGGCCAGGUACUUGGUCUGUUCCUUGUAGAAACCAUUCAAGAGGCGAUCACGCUAGUAUUAUACAGGUGUUGCUUGAUCCUCCUGGAGACGAACCGGUUAAAGGUAGAGGCGGUGAUGGGUUUGCGCUGGAUUUCGAAGAAGUAGACAUUCGUUUACCGAUGUUUGUUUACGUGAGCCGAGAGAAACGACCUGGUUAUGAACAUAACAAGAAGGCAGGAGCUAUGAACGCUUUGGUCCGAGCCUCGGCUAUUAUGUCAAAUGGACCGUUCAUAUUGAACUUGGACUGUGACCAUUACGUCAACAACUCUAGAGCCUUUAGAGAUGGGAUCUGUUUCAUGAUGGACCGUGACGGAGACCGUGUUUGCUACGUUCAGUUUCCACAGAGGUUCGAAGGAAUCGAUCCCUCUGAUCGCUAUGCUAACAAGAACACUGUCUUCUUCGACAUUAACCUGCGUGCUCUCGACGGUGUCCAAGGUCCAAUGUACGUCGGGACCGGAUGUCUCUUCCGUCGAACCGCUCUUUAUGGUUUCGACCCGCCUGAUGUUUUGUUGGAAGAAGAACCCUCUUGUUGCUGUUACCCUCAGUACAAACAACGUAGCCCCGCAACAGUAGCUUCUGAACCGGAGUACUACAUUGACGUUGAGGAAGAAGAUCCGGUCGAUCUCUAUUCGAUUCCAAAGCUAUUCGGUAGCUCGAGUAUGCUAGUGAACUCGGUGAAAGCUGCGGAGUUCCAAGGUAGACCAUUAGCCACAAUUCAGCCGGGGAGGCCAGUACGCUUGGUCCGUCCUCCCGGCUCGUUAACCGGAAGCCGCCACUCGCUUACAGUAGCUACUGUAAGCGAGGCGGUUAACGUGGUUUCUUGCUGGUACGAGGACAAGACGGAAUGGGGAACUAACGUUGGAUGGGUCUACGGUUCGGUGACCGAAGACGUAGUGACCGGUUUUCGUAUGCACGAGAAAGGAUGGAGAUCUUUCUACUGCGUAACGGAGCCUGACGCGUUUCGUGGGUCUGCUCCGAUAAACCUAACAGACCGGCUCCACCAGGUUCUCCGUUGGGCCACCGGUUCAGUCGAGAUCUUCUUCUCAAGAAACAACGCCGUUUUAGCCGGUAGGAAACUCAAGUUCCUACAGAGAAUCGCUUACCUCAACGUUGGAAUAUACCCGUUCACUAGCGUUUUCAUCUUAACGUAUUGUUUCCUCCCGCCGUUAUGUCUCUUCUCCGGUCAGUUCGUCGUUGAUAGCCUCAAUCCAGCGUUCCUCAGUUACCUUUUGACGAUCUCGUUGUCUCUUUGUGGUUUAGCUGUUCUUGAAGUUAAAUGGUCUGGUAUCUCUUUAGAAGAAUGGUGGAGGAACGAGCAGUUUUGGUUAAUCGGUGGCACGAGUGCACAUUUAGUCGCUGUUCUUCAAGGGAUACUAAAAGUUAUCGCCGGUAUCGAAAUCUCCUUCACGUUGACUUCGAAAUCUUCUUCAGGAGGAGGAGAUGAGGAAGAUGAUGAGUUCGCUGAUCUUUAUCUGUUUAAAUGGACGUCUCUGAUGCUUCCUCCUUUGACGAUUAUAGUCUUGAACGUUGCGGCGAUUCUUUUCGCGGUUUGUCGAACGGUUUUCAAAGAGAAUCCCAAUUGGAGUAAUCUGAUUGGUGGGACGUUCUUUGCCGGUUGGGUUUUGGUUCAUAUGUAUCCGUUUGCUAAAGGUUUGAUGGGAAGAACAGGGAAAACUCCGACCAUUGUUUAUGUUUGGUCGGGACUUAUCGCUAUUUGCUUCACUCUUCUCUAUGUUACCAUUAACAAAUCGGGGAUUGAUGGUGGUUCGUUUCAGUUCCCUUAG